AUGGCGGGCAGAAACGAACGAGUUUCCACAUACACCUCCGGCUCCGGCGAAACAGAGGGUCGAAAUGGCGAACAAAAGAGGAACCUCUGGGCGUCCAUGCUAGAAUCAGUCGCCAGCGGCAAACGCCUCCCAGAAAAGAACCUCUUGGUUUUGGGUGGUACCCCUGAGACCCAACGGGAGUUUAUCGAGUCGCUCUCUGGUGCCGAGGCAAGGCGCAAUCUGAGCAGGCAGAAGACGCCGCCUGUCGCGAACAACUUCGCUUUGGGGUACACGUACUAUGAUGUCUUGGACGCCGAUCAAGAUGAUACGCUCGCCCGGGUAUCGCUCUAUCUCCUAUCACAGCCGUCAAACGAAUUCGCAACCCUCGUCUCGCCACUGUUAACCGCGCAGAUGGUCUCCCACACAGCCAUCGUCAUCCUCCUGGACUGGUCACAGCCCCACAAAUGGCUCCGUCAGGUCUGGAGCUGGAUCCAAGUGCUGGAGGAGGUCAUGGGGGGGGUGAAUGCCGAGGCGCGCAACGAAAUGGAGGAUGUCAUGGCCUCGUGGAAGGAGCGCGGCCGUGUGGGCUCGUCGGCCAACUUGGACGGGACGCCGACGGCCACAGCAACGAGCAGCGAUGGCGAUGGACUGCUGCCCCUCGGUCCGGGAGAAUGGUCAGAGCCGUUGGGACUGCCACUCUGUGUGGUAUGCCAGAACGCGCAAAAAAUGGAAUUCCUCGAAAAGAACAACGGCUGGAAAGAGCCAGAUUUCGACACUGUCUUGCAGUAUCUCCGAACCGUACUCCUCCGUCACGGCGCAUCGCUGAUAUACACAUCCCAAAACACACCCUCCCAAUUGCCUCUCCUCAUUCACUCCACUCUGGGCAUCACGUCGCUCCUCAAGCGCCAACCGCUCAAACACAACGUCAUAGACAGAGAUAAGAUUGUCGUCGUACCAAACUGGGACUCAUGGGGAAAGAUCCGCAUCCUGGGCGGCACCUUUGACACGGAGCUCAUCUCCAAGGGCUGGGAAGCAGACAUCAAGCUCCCCCGCGGAGUCGACCCCUUCGCCAUCGAUGCCGACGAAGAAAAUGCCACGCCGACGCAAGGACCCGGCGCCGUGGCCCAGUACGAACAGUGGUGCCGCGACCCCAACAGUGGUGGUCUGGCUGUCGUCGAAAGCGCCAUGUCAGACGAGCGAACCGUCGGUGUGGAGAGCGAGAACCUGCAGGACUUUCUGGAACGACAGCUCAAGAUCCUCGAGGCAUUCAAGGCAAAGGCCCCCGAGAAAGGGGGCAGUCCCCUGCCCGCGGGGAAAAAGGUCGAGUUCCCCGGAGAGAAGAGCGUGCACGAUCACAUUGGCCCGGUGCAGUUUAACAUGGGGGGCAUUCAAGUGGAUGCAGAUGAUAUGCUGCAGCGUCUUAAGGAUCGCAACGCACAUGCUGCACCGGACGAAGAGGACGAACCGGAGGAAAUGCCCGUGGGCAACAUGACCAAAGAGUUUGACAAUGAGCAACUGCAGAAUUUCUUCAGCGGGUUGAUGAAUAGGACUGCGGGGGCGGCAGACAGCCCCCGGUCAUGA